AUGUUCGUCGAAGAGCUAGAUCUCUUGGAGGAGGGAAAGGUGCCGCAUGAAGGAUUCCAAUACCUACGAACUGGGAUUGCAGCUGGCAGUAGCAUCCCAGCAGAGCUCAUGAAAAAGCUUCACAAGACGCUUAAUCUGACGGAACUGACCAUCUGCUAUGGCAUGACGGAAACUAGUCCUGUUUCAGCGAUGACAACAACGGACGACCCCAUUGAAAAACGCAUCACCAGUGUAGGCCGGCUCAUGCCUCAUGUGGAGGCGAAAGUGGUGGAUCCCCGUGAUGGAACGAAAACUCUUCCGGUCGAAACCAAAGGCGAACUUGUCGUAAGCGGCUAUCUGGUCAUGAAGGAAUACUGGGGCGCUCCAGAACGUACUGCGGAGGUGAUGGUGAAAGAUGAGGAGGGCAAAGUAUGGAUGCAUACUGGUGACGAAGCCACAAUGUCGCCAGAUGGAUAUAUCUCGAUCACAGGCAGGAUCAAAGAUUUGAUUAUCCGUGGGGGUGAAAAUAUUCAUCCUUUAGAAAUUGAAAACUGCCUCUUUGCCCAUCCUAGCGUAUCCAGCGUUUCCGUAGUCGGCGUACCAGAUGACCGGUACGGCGAAGUCGUGGCUGCAUUUGUGAUACAGCGAGAAGAAGCAGAGCGGAAGCUCACCGCGGAUGAAGUGAAAGACUGGGUUAGAAAGAAAUUAAGUCAUCAUCUAGAUGUUGUCCUACCUGCUGCUACGCCUGCGUGGAGGGUGCAGUUCAAUUGUGAACGGGGGUUGCAUUGA